CUCUGUUGGAGUGACAAGCGACACGAGUCGGGAGUUAGCUUGUUCCAUUUUUAAAUAAAUACUAGUAUCUUAAAAAAUAAAGACAUCUCACUAUUAACCGAUACAUCUUAAAAAUGAGUGUCUUGCACCAACCAAUGAAAUGAUGCAUAAGUCAAAGUCUAAUCAGGUGCUGCAAGUUGGGCAUAUUCAAGAGCUCCACGAUCAUUGGACUAAUUGCAAGUUAUUAAUUGAUGAAAAGGAUAAUGGCGUUCUAUCUACUUCCAAAAUUGACACCGUUUUUCACCAUGUCAGUAAAAUUAUACUGCUAGUUGUUGAUGAGCACUCUUCCGACACUCUAGAAAGAAACAAACUAGUAGAAGGUUCAUAUCUUGAAACAAUAAUAAAAAAUAAUAUUUUUGAAUUACUCCUCAUUUGGAUCGAAGGAAAUCCAACACCAAAAGAUGAAAAAUCUAUCAGUACUCGUGAUGUGUUAAGAAGACAUUUAAUUACUGCUUUUGAACAGUUAAUAACACAAUCGAAACAGAAUGUUUUGCUUUAUAGACCGAUUCUUCAACCUUUAUGCCAAUUUUUAUUCAAAUUAUCCUCACAGUUACGGCCUAGUUAUGAUCAAGUCUAUGGGCACUUAUUACAUGAAGUUUGCAUCUUGUUAUGUAGAAACUUUCAGUUGUUGGAGUUUAGUAAAGAAUUAUGCAAAGAAAUUUUCAACCAACCGUAUAUGAUAUUUUCAUUGCUUGUUCCAUUAGUACAUCUAAAUGACCCGUUGGGGGAUUCAGCUAGAGAUUCACUCUUAAUCAUAUUUGGACUUUCUAAUAAAGACGAUUGUCUUGGUCAAUAUUUAGCAUAUGAAUCUGAUAUAUGUCCGAUUUUAGCUACUGGUUUAAGUGGUCUGUAUUCUAGUCUACCAAAAAAGUUAGUUCCACGUUAUGGCCUAUGUCAAAAUCAUAACGGUAAUAUUUCAUUAAAUUCUCCCGGAGGUCCAGUUUCUGUAACUACACCAAUCUAUAUUCAAUCAGAUUUACUCAACCCAUGUCUGUUGGAACUACAAGUUGGUGGAGCUGAAUGGCAUCAGAUAACCGAGAAUGAAUGUUCGAAUUCAAUCGAUCUACGCCGAUUUUUACAUACAUUACAUUUUUGUAACCUGACUAUUAAAAUUGCACAUCCUCAUGUUCGUGACCAAUUACUAUAUUUUAUUCAUUCUGGAUUCUUGGUUCCUGUUUUAGGAUCUGCAUUACAUCAGAGUGCUAUGGACGAAGUAAUUGCAGCCACAGCCUAUCUGGAAUUGUUCUUGCGUCGUUUAACUGAACCUUCAAUGAUUAAAUUAUUUCUGAAAUUCAUUAUCACCGAAUCACAUGAUUCUUAUCAUAUACUUACAUCGAUUAUGAAUCGUUUGAGUGCAAACGCUAUGCUUGGGAUGGUCACUUUAUCCUUAUUUCGUACAAUAUUAAGCUUUCACUGUGAAGAUGUUAUGUAUGAGUUAAUAUUCAAGCAUUUACUAACCUUGAAUCAUUUAGAUUCUGAAAGGUUUGAUUCUUCAUCAAAUGGAUUUUAUAAAACUCUACUGACUGGAUCUGCAUUAUGUUUAUCCAACAACGGCACAACAAAACAACCAAAACUACUUUGGUCUACUUCACCACGAUCAACCGUUAAGCAUACUACUUAUUAUCAUCCUACGGUGGAUCAGUUAAUCCCACAUCUUGUUAAAUCAGCUGAAUUAUUUUUAUCAUUAGCCAAUACAUCAUCUUGUAGUGAUAAAUUUUCGAAAUCCAGAUCUCAGUCAACAACAACAACAGAUAAUUCUGAAGUUGGCACUACACAAUUAAAGAAUGAGAAGAGGCAAAAAUCAAGUAUAUCCUACUGUCCUGUCGAAAAACUAUGUAAUGUUUCGAAAGAAGUCAUAUUCAGUGGUCAUGGAGACUCUAUGCCUACAAUCGAUCCCUUAACAAGUUUAAAUCAUUCAAAUAACUUUAAUAGCGAAUCAAUUGAUGAUGAUGAUGAUGGUGAUGAUGAUUUGAACAAAACAUUAAACAACGAAUGGGUUGUUAUUCGUGCAACACCACUCCAUCCUAUUUUAGUGGCUAAUAAUUAUCCAGAAUUAAUAAAUUAUAUUAAAAAUGCCAAUUUACGUGUAUCACGACGACGUCAAGCUUGUAAAUCAUGGCGUUCACAGUAUUGGCCAAAAAUGAUUGAAAAUAAUAAAGGGAAUCAAUCUGCAACAUCAAUAGUAAGAGAUGAUAAUUUAUUAGAAUUACAAGAGAAACGAUCACGUUGUGAUUUGUAUAGAACGAUCCAUUCGUCGAAAUAUACAAAUAUUAGUGGUUGUGUAACGCCGGACUCAAUGCCUAAUGGAUUGUCAGCUAGAGAUCGUACAAAAUUUAUGCCAGACAUAGUCGACAGUGGUAGCAAAAACGAAUGGAACAGUGUAUGUGAUGAUAUAUCAUUGUUAUCACCAUUGUUAUUGCAUAGUUUAUCCAGGAAACAUACUUCAUCUUUAUAUCAAUUAAAUUAUAUAAAUGAUUCAUCAGAUGAUGAAAGUAAUCAAGAAAAUAUGAAACAAUCUAGCAAUUCAAAUACUACUGAUAAUGACACAACUCUUAUCGCUGCUAAUAAUGUUGAGUCAACUGUCUCUGAAACUGAUAACCUUGAUAAGACAAUUAAUUCACGUUCGCCAACUGAUAAACAGUUAUCCAAUUCUUGUUCAACAGAAUCAUUUCAUUCAAAAACUGUGGACAAUAAACAACCACAAACACAAUCAUCAGUAUUAUCGACAACAUUAAAAAUGGACAAUCAUGAAGAAGGGUGUUAUAACACAGGCUUUAGUGUACCAUAUAAUCUCACAUCCACAAAUUCUACACCUUCGUGUACUUGUUUAUCAACGUUACCGGAUUUGCUAAGAUUAGCUCAUCUAGAUCCAAGUAUAGAAUUACAUAAUAGUAAUGUCGUUUCAUGCACCACCACAGUGUGUACAAAAACUGAUUUUAAUGAAAGACAAGAAUAUGAAUUAGAGAAUUUUUUAGCUGCAUUAGAUUGUUUACCAUCACCAGGACGUUGUACAAAACAUUUUGGACAUUUGCCACCAUUUAUUUCCUACAGCAAAAUUGAUGAGGAAUUUUUUAAAAAAUUGGAUGAUUAUGUGCAUGAAUUUGAAAAUUCAAAAAUGGAAUUUACUGAAACAGAUACUGUUAGUAGUACAACAAAAACUACUGCUGUAACUAAGAAUGAUAAUCUUAUUCAUAAUUAUAGUGAUAACGAUGAUGAGGGUGACAAUAAUGCUGAGACAAAAUCUAGACUCUUACAAUCUCCUCUAUUAUCUUCGUUAAUGGUUAGAUCAUGUAAUGAUGCUUUGGAUUCGAUAUCAUUAAACAGACUUGACUCAAUACGCCAACAACAAUGUCAGCAUUCAGGGAGUCAUAGUAGUUGUAGUAAUCAUUCACACUUAACAGAUUUCUCUUCAACUUCAUCGACGCAAUCUGCGAAACAUUAUUCAAAUUCAGUUGGUGUCGCUGGCGGUAUAGGUCCAUUUUUGUCCAUACUCUUAAAUCGUUUGGCUAAUAUGCACAAUAAUUGUUUUUUCACUAAUCUCCUUCUAACUGAUAUAUUUGCUGCAUUGGCCUCUUAUCCAUGUCCAUUAUUAUAUGAAUACUUAUUGAAUCCAAUGGGUUUAAGUAUAAAACCAUCUGUUAAUACUCUUUAUAAAGUAUGUAAUACCAAAUAUUUACUGUAUUUUUCUACCGGUAGGAAUAAAUGUAACUUUGUAAUUGUGUGUUCUUUUUGCUUACAAAGGUAGUAAGUAAUAUAGCCUGAACUCGUAACAAACACACCUAAAUAUCAUGAUCUUAUAACGAACCAUCAACAUUACUCCCACCUGUCACCAUGAAUUUGCAGUUUUUCACCAUUUUAAAUAUUCAUUUAUUAUUAUUUGGUGAUCAAUUCAUCCAGAUAGUUUUUAUUUAUUCAACAUUUUUCAGCGAUUUACUAGGAAGGGAAAUAGGCCGACUUAAUAGUGAAGUAUUACUUUGAAGUUGUCAUUCAUCUCUACUUUCAUUUUAUGCCAUUUACUGAAUUAAUGAUAAGGGGUGAAGUGGUUGAGUGUAUUGUCCCCUUUUAUCUUGAGGGUUUCAUUUUUCCUAGUGGGCUGGUGUCUAACGAAGUUUCAGAAAGAUCGACUGGCUUUUGCCUACUUACGUCACUUGUGGCGACGAAUUUAUUGUGUGGCAGUUGGCUCAGUUUUAAUUUAUGACCACUAAGAAUAGAGGAUAUUCGUAGGUUAUUAGUAUUCGAUCAUUAACGACUUCUUAACAUUGCCCGUGUAUUUUUGAACCACUGAGUAAGCGAUGUCAGGGUUAGGAAUAGGGUAUUACGUUGAGUUGAACCAUCUACCAAGUAAUUUAUACAUCUAAUUUCACUACAACUAGUGUUGUCUGAGAAAAGCCUGACACAUUAGUUUGUACUUUUACUUGGUAAGUUAGCAUUAAGGCAUAUCGGCUAUUUAGUUAGUGUUGUAAGGAAAAAAGAACCUAAUUUGAUUGAUGUUCACUGGGACACUAGAUUGCUCGUCAUGCUAGAUCACUUGGCAAACUCAACUCAAUUAUCUAACCAAUAAUCAAGAACCAGAUUAGAUCAGAAUGUAAAUCUAUUACCACAAAGUAAAAAUCAGUAAACGUAGGGUCACUCAAUUUUACAUAAUAAAGUAGUCUCAUAACUGGAUAUAUCUACCAUUACUUACUAGGCAAUCAUCCGGUGUUUUACAUUUCUAAACUUCAACGAAAUGUAUGGCGACUUAGUAUUCCAAGCAUUUAGUUCUUGCUACAAGGCGACUGAUGUUUGUUAAAAUAUUUUUAUCAAUCCAACUUCCUUAAAUCUUUGUAAACUUUGUGCAUCACUCUCUCCAUUAUCCAUCGUGUUCAGGUGCUCCGAUCUGUGCAUAGUCAAAUUGUAGUUGCUUCGGAAUCUGUUGAACAAUGGAAAUCACUUGUGUUUCGUGCGCGUGUUUAUUUAAAUAUUGUCUGGCCAGGUCCUUUCAAGAUGACAAUUGAUCCAAAUUUUUAUACAACAAGAGAGAAUUCACAACGUAUUAAAACUAAAAUGAUGGCAACAACGACAGGAUAUAAAUCAAAUACUACUUAUAAUAGUAAAAAAGGUGUAUCUGAGGACAAGAAAAACACUUCUACCUGUUUAUCACAAAAUUCUCUUCCUACAAAUUCAAAUCAACAUUCACGUUUGAAUAAUGUAAACAAAGAUUCACUUCAACAUGUUGUCCCACUGUUGCCUGUUACAUAUCCGUUACCAGUGAAUAACGAUAAUAAAACUAGUUCAGAACGUUUACAUCGUAGUUCUAUCAGUGGUGGAAGUAGUAAUUUAAAUUUACGUCAUAGAAGUCGUAGUCGUGUAAAUCAAUUUUUAAAUUUAACAAGUCGUAUCGGUUUAAGUCCAGUAUUAAAACGUGCAUCACUUCAUCAAGGUAAUCGUACAUCUAUUCCUUCUUCUUCUUUUAAUCAAAAUUAUACCAAUAACAAAUUUAAAUUAACAAAUUCAGGAUCUGAUGAGGAAGUUGAUGUAAAUGUGAAACAUUCAAUGGAUAAUGAAAACAUUAUUAAUAAUAAUCCAUUUUAUUCAGAUCCAACAACAGAUAUUUCAAUAAAAACACGAAAUUUAGUAUUUGCUUCCAUUAUUUUUGAUGAAUUCUGUUUUGAACUAGCUGCAUUAUGUUAUGAGCAUAGUUUAAAUUCUGAUAUUCAUUUAACUAAAUAAAUCAAACAAAAUUAUACUACUUAUAUAAUUAUCAUUGAAUAGUAAGUAGUAUUAUACAUCAUUAUUAUUAACUGGUUAUUUUAAGUGAUUUUAUUCAUUAAAAUUUACAUUUACGCAUAGAAUUCAACUCAGAUCUCAUUUAUCCAUCUAUUCAUUAAAAAACAUAUUAAUUAUACCUGUUAUUCAUCAUCGUAUUUUCUUUUGUUGUUCAUGAGUGUUUGUUUGUUCGUUUUUCCCUUCUCUUUGUUUUUAAUUCACAGUAUAUUUCCUCGUUGCUAAACAAAAACUCUCUACGUAUUUAGUUACGUUUUCCUUGUUUUUCUCUUUUUCUUUCCAAUUUACCCUUUUUUUGUAAAAAUUUCAGAAGUUAUUUAUCCGAUUCGUUUAAUUUUCAAUUUCUACUUCUUUUUUCUAUUACAAAAUGAUAAUGACUUGUUAAUUACAAAAUAGAUUAAGCAUGAUGUAACAUAAUAAAGUUCUUAGUUUACAUUUUUUCAAGAAAUUUUUUUAAAUUUUUACUUGUCUCUGUAAAUAUGUAUAAUUUCUCGGUCAUUUGUUUGUUCUCUUUCUGAACUAUAUUCUAAUGGUUACUGUUUAUGGUAUUCAUUAGUAAGUUGUAUUAACUUUGAGACCAGUUUUAAGAAAAUAAACAAAAUGCGCCAUUA